AUGGCAAUGUGGGUUGAGCUUUCUAGAGAUUCUGAUGAGGCACUUAUCACGGGAGGUAAAAACUAUUGCGGUUCUCUCCUCUCAAGGAGUGAACGUGAUGGACUUGCAGUUGUUAGAAAUCCAAAGAGGCCUAUCGGCGCUUGGAUACAUUACUAUAAUGAUCAAUUAGCCAUGAUGAAAGAGAAGGAUAAAGGAGUCAAGAUAAAUGAUGAUUUGUAUAAUACUUGUAUCAAAUUAUCCCUCAUUGAUGUUGAAUUUAUUAUGGGAUUGAGGGCAAGAGGGUUCAAGAUUGGCAUGAACAAAGAUGUUGGUCAUAAGAAUGAUUUAUGUAAAAAAUAUUGUGAUAAAAAAGGGCGAUUGCCAUUAGUGAUGUUAGAAAAUCAAAUUAGGGAGGAUAAAGAGGGAGGAAACGAUUUUAAAGUUCGUUUUGUAUUAUUUGUGUUGGGUGCAUUAUUGUGCCCAACAAUGAAGCUUUUUGUGAAUCGCUCUUUCUUACAUCUUGUGGAAGACAUCGAUUCAAUAAAGAAGAUGAAUUGGGCAGAAUUUGUGUUGUCCUAUCUUGUGCACGGGAUUGAAGAGUUUAAGAAGAAACAACAAAGUGGGGUUUGCGGUUGCUUAUUGUUUUUAAUGUUAUUCUACCACGAGCAUAUAUCCUUUGAAGAGAAAUUCCUACCGCUAUAUACUCGACAUUCUCCUCGGAUUACUGCUUGGGGAGAUGAUGAAGUAUUGGACAGGAAACGAAGAUUGAAAAAACUUGGUGGAUAUGCAAAUGAGGAUCUCAAAAUAUGGGUGAUAGAAAAUGAGAUAAGGGAUUGUGUUGAUGGAAAUGCAACGACAAUGGCGAGUGAGAAUGAGGACGAUGAGAAAUUUGUAUCCAAUCUAAACAAAGAUGUUAUUAAACGAGUUGAUGGUGGGAAGUUAAUGGAGAUGGAUAAAACCUUUCAACAAUUAAAGACACAUAUACUUGAUAUGGCUUAUGGUGCAAGUAGUAGUAGUUGUGAUAAAAUUUUGGCUAAAUUUGAGGAGAAUUAUACUCAAGUGAAAGGUCUCUUCCUUAGGUCAAGCGGAAAACCUUUGAGAAUGCACGAGGAAGGAACGAAGAAUGACAUCCUCUCAUGCGAGAGAAGUUUGGAAGAUACGAACAAUAUGAAUGUGAAUGAACAUUAUCUUCACACUUUGUCAAAUGACAAGUUAUGCACCGAGGACUUGAAUGAAAAGAAUGAAGAUGCAUGUGCUACAUCAAUUGAAGUGCAUAUCAUUCCAGACGAAAAUGAAAAUAUCUUACCACUUCCAAUCAAAAGGAGUACAAGAGAUUAUGGAAAGGAACCAUUACGAGCACUAUGUGGUUAUCCUAAUCAUGUCAUGAAAACACGUUCAUCAAGGGAGAGGAAACCAAGUAAAUUCAAGGUCUCCCCGUUUGUACAGAAAUCAAGGAAGAUGGUAAAACGUGAAGCAUCAGAGUCAAUCCCCAUGUCCAUUCGUGAAGACGUGGUGGAUACUCAAUCAUUCAAUGUACUUCAAUCUCUUGUCGCUGAUUAUGUUUUCAAUAAAGCGUUGUCAAAAAGGUUUGUCGCGUCUAGAACAUUCAUAGAUGUGUUGUUACAAUUUUUGCCUUCAUAUGCUUCCAAUUUACUGAAGUUUGGUUGA